GAAAACACGAAUGCAGGUACUUCACUGUGAGGGUGUGAACAACAAAAGCUAUGUGUGUGAGACGGGGCACUGCUGUGGAGAGUCCCAGUGCUGUAGCUACUACUAUGAACUCUGGUGGUUCUGGCUGGUGUGGGCCAUCAUCUUCAUCCUGAGCUGCUGCUGUGUGUGUCAUCACCGUCGCACCAAACACAGACUUCAGCAGCAACAGCGACAACAUGAAAUCAACCUCAUUGCCUACAGAGAGGUUCACAACAACUACUCUCUCCCCUUCUACUUCAGAUUCCUACCUAACUAUCUCCUCCCAGAAUAUGAAGAGGUAGUGCAUCGGCCUGCAACUCCCCCUCCCCCUUACAGUGCCUUAAAUGCCAACCCUUCAGCCUGCACCAGCCCCUUAACCACUGACCAGCAGGAUGUGCACUGUCCACCCAGACAAACCACUCCAGUGCCCCCUGUAUCAGACGCACUCUGUUCCAGACCCAGCCUAGAGGAGAUCCAAACCUCGAGGGGUUACCACCUGAAAGACGACAGCAAAGAACAGAUAGAGCCUGCACAGAGUGCUUUGCCCCUGGAACAGAUCCCCAGUGUGGACAAACAGGGCGAGAGCAGGAAGGAGCAGCUCAGGAAUGUGGCGAUGCCUGACGAGAAGGACAGGAUUCUGGGGAGGCACCGCAGAUUUACAGGGGACUCAGGAAUUGAGGUGUGCAUGUGUGGGCGGGGCUUCGAUAGUCGUGAACCUAAAGAAUUUGAGGGGCUUUUGAGUGAGGAGGACCAGGAAGCCUCUGAGGAAUUCUGUGAGGAGUGUGACCUCCGUUCUUAUGGAGUGGAAGAGCAAGGACUUCAAUCUACAGAUAACAGGGUGGAGCAAGGAGCAUCGCCACCACCCCAACCUCACCCUGUUUGUCUCUAUUUGCAUACUAUUAACGAGCAGGAAGGUCCACACCAUAGCAACAUAGAAUCUCAAAGAUGAAUAUAUAACAUGACCGGUACAAAAAAAAGAGUGAGACAGUGAAGUAAAAAGAGGGAGGACGACAGAGAAAGCAAUACAAAGAGAGAGAGGGAAGUUUUACCCGCCACAAUAUUCGAUGGAAAAGCUAGCAUGGACUGAGUAAUCACAAAUACGUCAUAUUCAUGUAAAAAGUAUGUGAUGGUCUUGGAGAAACAGAUCAGAUGCUGUCCGAAGCUUUGUCUAAUGUACAUAGCAUCUUUAAUGCAGUCAAAAUCUCCUCUAUGAGACUAUAUACCUACCACAUGUGGUGCUAGAAGACAAGUCCACAAUCUGCGUCUGCUAAGUCACAUAUGUGGACCAUGUUUUAGGAUUGAUAUUCUUAAUACAAACAGACUAUAAUGUCUCAGGACAGUCGAAAUUCAAUGUAAAUAUAUGUGCCUUUUUAAAACUGACUGUGCUUUUAAGGGCACCUAUCCCUCAUGACUUCGUUUCCCUGAUGUGAUGGGACAAAUCUUUGUUUUGCACGUUCACAUUCUUCUGAAUGAAUCAACAUUAUUCUUUUCAGACAAAGACCAUUGACAUACCUACAGUCUUAAUUCACAUUUAAAUAAGCUGUUUUGUAUUUUCUUUUGUUUUUCUGCUGAAAGCUCUGAUGGAUGAUUCAUAGUGUGUAUUCAGAACAAGACUGAUUUCUCAUGACUUUUCUUGCUUAGAGUAUACUAUAAAGAUUAUGACAUGGGAGAACAUAAAAAAACAGCUAGACUGAUCAACGGCAACAUUUCUAGUAAUGCUAUUUUUGGCAUUAUGCUUGGAGCUUGAAAGUACAUUUAUAACUAACCAUCAGUGCCUGAUUGCACACAAACACUAUAUUCUCUGUAUUUCUUUGAACAAGUAGGGAUAAAAACUUGCCAAAGGGAGGUGUCCUUAUUACCCACACAUUCACUUGUUCUGCAGACAUUGAUGUAAAAUGUUUUAAAGUAAAUGAUAUAAUACAUAAUUCUAUCUGUAAAUAGAGUGAAUUAUUAAGCUUGAUGCUAGAUGACGGCUGUAUAGUGUAUAAAAAACAUGAUUUUUAAGUGCCUCUUUCAAAUCCUAUUUGCACUUUUAGUAUUCAACCACUUUAAAGGGGUCAUGACAUGAGGAAUUAAAUUUUCCUUGGUCUUUUGACAUUUAAGAGGUCAUUGUAGAACUCGAAACAUCCUCCUCACUGUAAAAAGAGCAUUUGUUGAAACCAAGCUGCAAAAAUGGUUCGCUCUCUGCUUACUCCACAUUGUGAUAUCAAACUGGUAGACAUUUGUGUCUGACCGCCUCCACAUCAGUGCCAACUUUAUCUUUAAUCACUUCCGUAGCCCUGCCCAGUAGUGGUGAGCAGUGAGAUGGCAAGGAGAGAGCAGGUCAGUCAAGAGAAGAGAACCAGUCAUUACAGUGGGUGUUUACUGUCAAGUCUUAAAGGAGAAACGGCACCAAAACCAAGUGUUUUUGACAGAGGGUCAGAAUGAGGUUGGAAAAUUAUCAUGUUUUACAAAUAUAUGACUUUUUUCUUUUGUGCAAAAUACUUUACUAAUAGUAUGUCAGCCUUAAGGAACAUGUAAAAAUGACCCCUUUAAAUGUGGAAAUCUGUCUCACGAAGUACAUAGUUUUAUGCAAAACAAAUUCUACACAAAAACUCAGAAGUUUACUAAUUUACUUUGGUAACAAGUCAAGGUGCCUUGAUUUUUUUUUUUUUUUUUUUUUAAA